CCUCUGGACACGAUGUCUUCUUCCUCUGUAUCGAAACGUUUUGUUUCAGUCUCUAUCUUGGCAGCGGUGACCUUGCAACUCCCUUUUAUACAGAGUGUUUUGUCCCUAAACCAGACCAAUGCAUAUCUACAACACGUAUGCAUCAAAAGUGACGGGACAUACAAGUCGGAGAGUUCAUACGAGAGCAGUGUUAAAGUUAUCCUCGAUUUUAUUGGUGCCGAUCUAGGCUACGGUUUCGGCAGCGGAAGCGCUGGUAGUAAUGGUAGUGCCAUCUACGCCAAGUUCCAGUGUCGGGGAGACACCUCUGAAUCCAAGUGCCGAUCUUGCCUUACCACUGCCUUCUCUAGGAUUCGUAGACUAUGUCCGAACAACAAAGGGAGAAUAAUAUGGUACGACAACUGUAUACUUGACCUUUCUUCGAUCUAUACCUACGGGGAGAUCGAUAACAAGCACAUUUUCUUUUUGUACAACGCAAAAGAUGUGAACGGCGAUACAAAGUCAUUCAACAAGAAUACGAAGGCUCUCCUUUACAAGCUGAAGGAGAAAGCAAGUAGGAAAGAGCAAAAGCCCUACAGAAAAGACUACAUGUAUGCCGCCGGGGAGGAAAGUCUCGGGAAGAUGAAGUUGUAUGCAAUGGUGCAAUGCACGCAAGAUUUAUCGGUUAAAAAUUGCAGUGUGUGUUUGGAUGGGAUAAUGGCGAAGCUUCCAAGAUGCUGCAAUGGUAAACAAGGAGGAAGAUUUUUGAAUCCCAACAGUAAUUUUAGAUACGAGCUUUACCCUUUUGUACAAACUCAAAAGACUAUCUAAUGAAAGCUCCAAAAAAAGGACAUUCCAGAUCACAUUAUCUUCUAAUGAAGUGAAGCUAAUUGGUCUCUCAAGUUAAUGGAAGGAACAAGAAAACUGAUUGAAAACAUAAGUUGUUUGUUCUUUGAUGCUCUCUACUGUUUUUGUAAAUACUCUCAACGAUGUAAACAACAAUAUUGUAAGACAAAAUCUGAUUCUGUUUGAUCGUGCACAAUAAAGGGAAAAACUUAAAGAACAGUAAGACAAAAGUGAACUGUUACAAUUUCUUGAAACCUGAUCAUUUAUCAUCUUUCCACA